AUUUUGCAUAUAAUAAAUCUGAAGCAAUCCAAUAGCAACAAUUCUACCAACAAUUACAGUCAUGGAUUAUAAACCUGCACCUAUGGUGGCAAUCUUUUCAAGUAGAGGGCCUUCAGGACUUUCAAAGAAUAUUCUAAAACCUGAUAUUGCAGCACCAGGUGUUGCCAUUCUUGCAGCAUGGAUUGAAAAUAAGGUAGAAGAUAUUCCAAAAGGGAAAAAGCUCUCGCCGUAUAAUAUUAUAUCAGGAACUUCCAUGUCAUGCCCCCAUGUUUCAGGCCUUGCAGGCAGCAUUAAAUCUAGAAAUCCAACUUGGAGUCCUUCUGCAAUCAAAUCAGCUAUCAUGACCUCUGCAACUCAAAUUAACAAUAUGAAGGCUCCCAUUACAACGGAUUUAGGAUCAGUUGCCACACCUUAUGACUAUGGAGCAGGGGAAAUAACAACAACUGAAUCAUUCCAGCCAGGGCUAGUUUAUGAAACCACCAUCAUUGACUACUUGAACUACUUGUGUUACAUAGGACUCAACACAUCCACAAUUAAGGUUAUAUCUAAAACCGUCUCUGAUAGUUUCAGUUGCCCCGAAGAAUCGACUCCCGAUUAUGUUUCCAACAUCAAUUACCCUUCCAUAGCAAUCUCCAACUUCACUAGUAAAGGAACCGUGAAUGUGAGUAGAACUGUUACAAAUGUUGGUGAAGAGGAUGAAACAGUUUACUCUGUCAUUGUUGAUGCUCCCAAUGGGGUGAAACUCCAAGUGAUUCCAGAGAAAUUGGAGUUUACAAAAAGUAGUAAAAAACAAAGCUACCGAGUUAUUUUUUCCUCUACUUCAUCCUCUGUGAAGGAAGAUCUGUUUGGAACUAUAACCUGGAGUAAUGGUAAAUAUAAUGUUCGAAGUCCUUUUAUAUUAACUGUGUAG